GCAAUACAGAAACACGCCUGGUACCACCUCCCUGACUCCAUGCGCUGGUGUCUUCCUGUCAGGAGCGGCCGCAACGAGCCGUGUCCGGAGCAGCCGCCGCCGCGACGCGUGUGUGUGAAGAGGAUCGUGUCGUUAACGGAGCUGGACCCCGACGUGCUGGAGAGCAUGUACUCGUUAGGCUGCUUCAGAGACAGGGUCAAACUCACACAGGACCUUACAAGUGAGGAGGAGAACCAGGAGAAGAUGAUCUACUACCUCCUGUUGGACAGGAAGGAGCGAUACCCCAGCUGUGAGGACGAGGACCUGCCGCCCAGAAACGACCUCGACCCCCCCAGGAAGCGCGUGGACUCGCCCAUGUUGACGCGUCACGGUCGCUGUCGUCCAGAGAGGAAGAGCCUGGAAGUCCUCAGUGUCACAGAACAGGGGUCUCCCACCCCACCCCGCAGGGCUCUGGACACGAGCGCACACAGCCAGAGGUCUCGUUCGGUCAGCGGAGCGUCCACGGGCCUGUCGUCCAGUCCUCUCAGCAGCCCCAGGAGUCCGGUCUUCACUUUCAGCCAAUCAGAAGUCACCUCCACUUCCGCUCCCUCCUCCAAAGACCCAAAACCAGGAAGUGCCACUACCAGCGCCCGGCCCACCCGCCCGGUGCCUGACCCAAAAACCCAGACCCUGCCCUCAAAGGGCCCCGCUGACCGACCCCAGCUUCACUCCAUGAAGUCCCUCCCACUUCAGACUCCACGCUCCCCCUCACCGUCUCCGUCCCCGCUCCUCUCUCCCAUCCCACGCUUCUUCAACUUCCCCUCGCCAUCUGUCUUCAAGUCCAAGAACUCCCACUCGCCCUCUAACUCCUCUGCCACCCCUCCCCCUGUUUCACAGGUCACGCCACAGGGCUCGCCGCUGCCCACUCCACUGGGCACGCCCGUGCACCAAAUCCAACACCCUUCCUCCACCACCCCUCCCUCUUCCUCCUCGUCGUCUUCUUCUUCCAGAGCCGACGGAGCCGGCGGGGCCUCGCUGUCGCUGACCCCGCCCUCCAGCCCGGGCGGCAGCGGCGGGCUGGCCGCCUCGAGUUCCGCCCACUGGAGGACAAGGCUCAACUCGUUCAAAAACAACCUGCUGGGCUCACCGCGCUUCCAUCGGCGCAAACUGCAAGUCCCUACAUCAGAGGACAUGUCCAGUUUGACUCCAGAGUCCAGUCCAGAGCUGGCCAAGAGGUCGUGGUUCGGUAACUUCAUCAGCCUGGAGAAAGAGGAGCAGAUCUUCGUGAUGAUCAGGGACAAGCCGCUCAGCUCCAUCAAGGCUGACAUCGUCCAUGCUUUCCUCUCUAUCCCGUCCCUCAGCCACAGCGUGGUGUCUCAGAACAGUUUCCGGGCAGAGUACAAGUCCUCCGGCGGCCCCUCUGUCUUCCAGAAGCCUGUCAAGUUCCAAGUGGACAUCGCUUUCUCAGAAGGAGAGAGGGAGCGAGAGAGGGAACGAGCAGAGAGGGAAGGAAGAAGACAGAUGGGAAUCUACAGCGUCACCUUCACUCUAAUAACAG